UUUUUAAUUUUCAUUUCUACCAUUUUCGAUAUUGAUAACGAACCCUAGAAUUUGUUUAUUUAAAAUUCCCCCACCGACGCGGCAUAUUCUGUUUCCCUUCCCAUUUUGUUUUAUCUGUUUCCCGAACCCGUAGGGGGGAGGGAGGACAUUUCCGAACGCGCGACUGUUGUUGCCGGCUACUCUUUCAGGGCCAGGGCCAGGGCCAGGGCCAGGGCUUCAAAGCCACCCACUAGUAAUUGGAGCUGAUCCUUUGUCUCAUCAAGUUUCUAUUCUGACGGAUGUCGUAUUUGCUGCCUCACCUGCACUCCGGAUGGGCUGUGGAUCAGGCCAUCCUUGCUGAGGAAGAACGUCUUGUCGUCAUCCGAUUCGGCCAUGAUUGGGAUGAAACCUCUAUGCAGAUGGAUGAAGUGCUAGCAUCAGUUGCGGAGACAAUAAAGAACUUUGCUGUGAUAUACCUAGUGGACAUCACAGAGGUUCCUGAUUUCAACACCAUGUAUGAGCUGUAUGAUCCAUCCACAGUCAUGUUUUUCUUCCGAAACAAGCAUAUCAUGAUCGACCUUGGCACGGGGAAUAACAACAAAAUUAAUUGGGCUCUCAAGGACAAGCAGGAAUUUAUCGACAUUAUUGAGACUGUUUACCGGGGAGCCAGGAAAGGCCGUGGUCUGGUGAUUGCACCCAAGGACUACUCCACCAAGUACCGUUACUAAGUCCCUAGAAAAGGUGCGUUUUAUUGGAAAUGUUUCCGAUUCUUGAACUUCUUUUAUACUGAACAUAGUUUGCUAUCAAUGGGUUGGUUAAACUAUACUAUAGGUAGGUUUGUAAAGCGCUCUCUCUUGCUCUCACCCUUUUACCUCUUCUAGGAAGAAUUAUUGGUUCUCGUAAUAAACUAAACUGCUUAUUUAAUUGAAAUUCAAGUCCCGUGCUAUUCUCCUA